AUGUUUGGAGAGAAAGGGUAUAACUUGAUCAAGGAAUUAGCUCGAAGCGAAGACAAUUUACCUCCAUAUAAUUCCGAUUUAGUGAAUGAAAUUUCUCAUGAAAUUACGAAGCAGUUUGAAGAAAAUCGCGACGAUGCGCAAAAUUCAACAAUAGAUGGUUCGGAGUCGUUGCUUUUGAAUACUAUAAGAAUCCGCAAUGGAGCUUCGAAAAGAAACAUUAGGUGCUUAAUGGCGUAUCAUUACAACAGACUUAAAUGUUUGAGAACCAUGCGUUGGGAGUUUGGCAGUAUUUUACCACCUGAUAUCAAAGCCAAUUUAAGUUCCGAUGAGUUAGAAUGGUUUUCUAAUUACUCAAAGACAUUAGUCAAUUACAUGAAAUCUAUAGGAGAAGAUGGGAUAAAUUUAGCUGUCGAUUUAAAACCACCGAAAGCUCUUUACAUAGAAGUUCAAUGUUUAGUAGAUUAUGGAAGGUUUGAAUUAAGCGAUGGAACAAUGUUGUUACUGAAAAAAAAUAGUAGACAUUACUUGCCAAGGAGCGAAUGCGAAGAAUUGAUCAGGCAAGGAGUUUUUAAACACAUUUCCUAA